GUCAGUCAAUAAACUUUGGUCACACUGCUCAGCACAGCGUUUUGUUGCCGGCGAUUUGUAAAGUUGUUUGGUUAUUGACUACAUUGUUUUAGACAUCAUGACGCAGGCAACAGGUGAUGCACGCAUGCCAGAUGAGGAAAGCGACCUGCUGCAGAUUAAGCCACUUGGUGCUGGCCAGGAAGUGGGACGCUCCUGCAUUAUGUUGGAAUUCAAGGGCAAGAAGAUUAUGCUGGACUGCGGAAUCCAUCCGGGAUUGUCCGGCAUGGAUGCCCUGCCCUACGUUGAUCUAAUAGAGGCGGAUGAGAUUGAUCUGCUGUUUAUUUCACAUUUCCACUUGGAUCACUGUGGCGCCUUGCCCUGGUUCCUCAUGAAGACCAGCUUCAAAGGCCGCUGCUUCAUGACCCAUGCCACUAAAGCCAUUUACCGAUGGAUGCUGUCCGAUUACAUCAAGAUCAGUAACAUAUCCACCGAGCAAAUGCUGUACACGGAAGCUGAUCUGGAGGCCUCCAUGGAGAAGAUCGAGACGAUCAAUUUCCACGAGGAACGCGAUGUGAUGGGCGUGCGCUUUUGUGCCUAUAUUGCUGGUCAUGUUUUGGGAGCUGCCAUGUUCAUGAUCGAGAUUGCUGGUAUCAAGAUCUUGUACACUGGUGACUUCUCGCGGCAGGAGGAUCGACAUUUAAUGGCCGCCGAGGUCCCACCCAUGAAGCCGGAUGUUCUUAUCACAGAGUCCACCUACGGCACUCACGUCCACGAGAAAAGAGAGGAUCGAGAGAACCGAUUUACCUCGCUGGUGCAGAAAAUAGUACAGCAAGGCGGCAGAUGCUUGAUCCCUGUAUUCGCCUUGGGCCGUGCCCAAGAACUGCUACUUAUUCUGGAUGAAUUCUGGUCACAGAACCCGGAUCUGCAUGAGAUUCCCAUCUACUAUGCCUCAUCUCUGGCCAAGAAGUGCAUGGCUGUCUACCAGACUUACAUCAAUGCCAUGAAUGAUCGAAUAAGACGUCAGAUAGCAGUGAACAAUCCAUUCGUUUUCCGCCACAUUUCCAACCUGAAGGGCAUCGAUCACUUCGAGGAUAUAGGGCCCUGUGUAAUCAUGGCUUCGCCUGGUAUGAUGCAGUCGGGAUUGUCGCGUGAGCUCUUCGAGAGCUGGUGUACAGAUCCCAAGAACGGAGUGAUCAUAGCCGGUUACUGCGUGGAAGGCACUUUGGCCAAAGCCGUUCUCUCCGAACCGGAGGAGAUCACCACACUGUCGGGUCAGAAGCUGCCGCUCAACAUGUCCGUCGACUACAUAUCCUUUUCGGCUCACACGGACUACCAGCAGACUAGUGAAUUCAUCCGCCUGCUAAGACCAACGCAUGUCGUGCUCGUCCACGGGGAACAGAACGAGAUGUCGCGUCUGAAGUUGGCCCUACAGAGGGAAUACGAAGCAGAUGCGAGCACGGAUAUAAAGUUCUACAACCCGCGGAACACGCAUGCCGUGGACCUUUACUUCCGAGGCGAGAAAACCGCAAAGGUGAUGGGAAGCCUCGCUGCCAAGAACUCGGAGGUGGGAAGCAAACUCUCAGGCGUUCUUGUUAAACGCGACUUCAAGUACCAUUUGUUGGCUCCUUCUGAUCUGGGCAAAUACACGGACAUGAGCAUGUCUGUUGUAACCCAACGCCAGUCGAUUCCUUGGGGCAGCUCGCUGACUACUCUAGAGCUUCUACUGGAUCGCAUUGGAGCCGGAUGCGUGGAGGUGCUGGAGGCGGAGCGAAAGCUGCGGGUUUUCGGCUGCAUCGAGCUGACUGUGGAGCAGAAAAUCAUUGUGAUGGAGUGGCAAGCGACGCACGUGAAUGAUGUGUACGCCGAUGCCGUUCUCGCCUGCAUCAUGCAAUCGGAGUUGGGAGGAACGAAUCUGAAGGGCGCCACAAAGCAAACCAAGUCAGAGGACUCCCGCUUUCGGGAGUGCCUCAUCGAGACACUACAGGACACUUUCGGCGACAACUGCGUGCCAAAAAUGUUCAAGGGCGAUCUGCUGCCAGUAACGGUGAGCGGGAAACGUGCGGAAAUAAACCUGGAAACCCUUGUCAUUAACUGUUCCGAAGAUGAUGUGCUUCGCCAAAUGCUCAACACGACGGUACAGAAGUUACACCAGACCCUAGUCUCCGCUCUUUGAGCACAGCGUAAUUCUGGCUAAUAAAUCUCCAUGUGUGAAAAUGUUCU